AAUCAAAAUAUAGAAGAUACUUUCCGAAAACAAAUAUUUUUUUGAAGGUUGCUAAAACGAUUUUUCGAGAUAAAAAUAAAUAAUCUCCUCCAAUGAUAUCUAGUAAACACACAUAAAUUUAUUAGCUCAAAAGAGCAUAUAAUGCUGGAGAAGUGGAGCGAUUUUGUACCUGUUUUUAAUAUAAAAGUUGAUUUUGUUGAGUAGUGUUAGCAACUGUGAAAAACAAAUGAGAGAUGUCUUCUUAUCAUACAAUAAAAAUAUAUUACAAAUCCAUGUAUUUGAUUAUUACAUGUAAAAAGAUUAAACUUGGUUUUUGAAAACCUAUUCUUACAUAAGCAUGAAAGAAAAUUGUAGAAUGACGAUAAAAUGAAACAUAUAUAGCAAAUAUGUACAAACAAAAAAUAUCCAUCCCAGCUGAAAACCUGUUAAGGUUCUCAGAAAGCCAAGACUAUCGGAUUGUUACAUCAAUGUUUUCGAGAAACUCUCGGAAAGCUUCUUUCAUCAGUAUGUUAAAUUAAGUAUAAUUAGUUUGAACCUAUUAGACUCGAUACCGCGCUAACUAUGAAAAUCAUAGGCACUCAGACUGUACGAUAGUCUAAAACUUCGCAAAAACAAAGCAAGUUGCUGCUUUUCUAGUAUUAUUUUUAAAAAGUCACUCGCGUCAAUGUACAAAUAUCUGACGAUAAUACAUACAAUAAAACCUCUGUUAGCGAAUAUCUCCUUAUUCUGAAUAUUUUCAGAUUCAUUGGAGCGAUUUUUGCUGAAAAUACACUUCUCUAAUGUGAACACAUGUGUAUAUUACGUCUGACUUAGUUCUCCUAACGUCUUUUCUGAAUAAGAAGAAAGUUAUCGACUUCUUUCCUAACUUGUCUAGUGAUCUCUCUUCUAUAUACACUCUAGAAUCAAAAGUUAACUGAUAUUUAUAUUAAUUCAAAAAUAAAACCCAUUCUUAUAUCUCAGAAGUUUUCAAGUAAAAAGCAUUUAAACCAAAAUAAAUGAGUAAAAGAACAAAUAGUUCUUGCUUUAUUCAAGAUUAGUGUGGCAGCAAACAUUCGGGAUUUUCCUUUAUUUCUGUUUUUUUUUGUGACAUAAAAUUCUUCAUCAUUCGAUCAUUUAAUUAUAUUAGAAGUGUCAUUAAAGCCUAAAGGAUACUACUAUGACCCAACAUAAGUAGAUAAUCAUGUAUAUAGAUAUUAACUAAUGAAGUGUUUUGAAAAUUUUAAAGAUGACAAAUAUACAUUGUUGAAAAAAUGUUAACGUUUCGAUGAACUAAUAUGCAUAUCUCUUUUAAAUAGCUUAGUAUAACUGCAUAGAAAUAAUAUUUUGAUAAUGACAUGAAAGCUCGUAUAUUUCUAAAUCAUUCCCUCAAAUAGAAAUAUUUUUCAAAACUUUAUAUUUGACAGGAUGAUAUGCAUAGUAUUAUUUUAUUCGUUUUAUCUUCAGUCAAAACAAAAGCUGUUAACGCAAUUCGUUGUGGGACUGAAAAUGUGAAACACGAUGUAGUUGCUAUAGCCAAUGUUCUAAAAACAGUUGUUUUUUUAUCCAUACUGAUUUACAUUGCUUCAUAAUGAUUUACCUCGCAUUAUAAAUGUUCAACAGAAUAAUAUUCGAUAUACAGGAUAUAACAAAAUGAUAGCCCCAUGUAUGCUAUAUACAAAAAGAAAGAAAUAUCUAAUCGUUUAAUCUAUAUGUGUGUCAGAUAGAUGAGUUUGUGUAAGACAUUAACAAUCCUCCCUCCUUUAUGUACACGUUGUUGUGAACGUUCUAAUUGAGUUAGGUCGUGUCGAGAACAAGGUAUAUAUAUUCGAUUCUUCCGAUUUAACAUUUCAUAGUUACUUUCAUCCGUAAAAACAACGUUCGACCAGUCAACUCGAGUACGUCUUUGUGCAGGAGUAAUUCGAGAUUUUUUAGGUGCAAUAUACGAAACCAAAUCAAAAUCACGAAGGAUACGGCUGACAGUUUGUCGACUAAUUGUUAAAUUCGAGUCUGUGCGAGCAAAACGAACGAGAUCGGUCAAUGAUAAUGUAUCGUUCCGAACUUAUUGAAGCUUAAUCAAUCAUUUUUGACGUUCUGUGACUUUUGGUGUACGACCAGUACCAGGUUUCGUAGCUACGGUAUGAAAUUUAUCGAAUUUACGAAUAUUUUGACGAGUAGAUUUACAAGAAAUGUUUAAUUGAUGCGAUAUUUUAUGUGUUAAUGUCUUACACAAACUCAUCUAUCUAACAUACAUAUAGAUUAAACGAUUAGAUCUACUGCAGAAAUAAAAUAUUUCUUUUUUUUGUACAUAGUAUACAUGGGGCUAUAAUUUUGUUAUACACUGUAAACUUCAAUCAUGUAUGAGUUAUGCAACAUCUCUGAUAUUUUCUUGACAUCUUCUAUUACACUUUAUAAUAACCUCUAAAUUCUGUCCGUCACGAUCUAUGAGAGGAGAUAAUGGGUGUGAAUUUCUACCCCUAAAACACUUCAUCACACCUUUCAGAUCGUGUUUCACAAAAAAGUAGAGCCGAAAGUAUAUCUACUUAUAAUGUUUUUAUUUUGAAUAUUAUUUAAUUAUUGAAAUAUAGUGAUUCAAUUGGUAAAGUUCAACAAAAUACAGAAUUUUAUUGGCAUUAUCAACGCUAUACAUUUGUACGAGAGUAUUUUGAACGUGUACCAUUAUUUUUUCCACCGUUGAUUAUUAUUUCACAUAUCAUAUUAAUUACUUUGGCUCUAAGAAAUAAAUGUUGUCCAAAAUUGUGUCGAAAUCAAGUAGCCAAUGUUAACAACAUACCAUUCUCGAAAAGAUUGACACGUAUUUUCAAAAUGAUUCCAAUCAACAAUUCACAAAAUGACAAAUGGGAUUCAUUUGAAAAUGCUGCAACGUUUAGUUAUAUUCGUUCAAUAUUAGAGAAAGAAAAAAACAAAGAUGCAUUAACAUCUGCUCAUGAAAAACAGAAAAAAACAGUAAUUACAAUAGGUUCAGAUGCAUCAAAAACAACUGCCAGUGAACAGCAAACACCAGAGAAUCUUAAAAAGGAAUUAGUUUCAGUAUUUAAAUCAGUACUUACGGAAACUCGGAAAGGAUCCGAACAGAAUAAUUCAACAAUAGAAUCUCGAUUAGAUAGGAUGGAAGGAUCAUUAGAAUGGAUGAUGAAAGCAAUGGAACGUGUAAAAAUGAAUAAUCCAGAUCAGUCAAGACCUACGUUCGACUUACCUCCUGUCAGAAAUGUUACUUAA